AUGAAACAGUUCUGCUCAAAUCCUCGCUUAUACACCAAUGAGAACCAUGAGAUCUACCUCGAACAGUCUCCUGAGUUCCAGCCUGGCCCUGAUGACUGUGUUGUCCGUGUUCGUUCUAAUGACAUCUGCAGAAUAUCUGUCCUAUACGCACGGGGCCUUACUGGAGCCUCUGGGUGUGGUGCUUCAUGCAUUCGAGCGAAGCCCCGUGCAUCGGACCAGACGACGGUCAUUUGCGGCGCAGGACCCAUCGGAUUGAUCGCCGCGGCCGUUGCAAGAGCCUCAGGUGCAUAUCCAAUAAUCGUCGCAGACGUCGACAGCAAUCGGCUCGAAUUCGCGAAAGUGUUUGCUCCACAUUGUGAGACAUUCCUGACUUCGCCUAGGGCAGAAUCUCAAGGUAUUACAAGUCAGGUCAUUGAAACCAUCAAAUCACACAGUGGAGAGCAGCUACGGGUCGUGUUCGAGUGUACAGGCGUUCAGAGCAGCGUCAUUACUGCGGCAUAUCUGCCACGCGCGAGAGGGGAGGUGAUGGCUGUAGGUGUUGGGAGGCCGACCAUGGACCUCCUUCCGUUUAUGCAUAUGUCACUUGCUGAGAUUGACCUCACGUGCAUCAACCGUUAUCAUCACACAGGACCCAAAGCCACAAAGCUCUUAUCCCGUGGCUACAAGGACCUCAAGAAGCUUGGGACCCGUCGUUUCUCCCGGGAAAUUGCGGUUGAUGCACUCACUUCGUCGGCUGAUCGAAGGUCUGGCGCUAUUAAGAUUUAUAUUGGAGACUGGGUAGAGGAAGAGCAACUUGAGUAA